AAAACAAAAAAUAAAAAGAAAAAAAACGGCAUUUUACACCGCCAUACUUUCAACACAGAGGUCGCUCUAUAAAGUGCAACCAUCCCCUCUGCUUACGCUCUGUAAUACUAAUCAACAAUCACAAACACACAGAUAAUAUAAACGCAGAAGAGAUAAGAGAGAGGGAGAGAGGGAGAGAGAGAACCAGAGCAAUUUGUGAUAGUGUGAAAACAUGGCUCAGCUUUCAGAUCUCAUCAACAUGAACCUCUCCGACUCUACGGAGAAGAUCAUUGCCGAGUACAUAUGGAUUGGUGGUACUGGCUUGGACCUCAGAAGCAAAGCAAGGACUCUUUCUGGACCCGUUAAUGAUCCCAAAAAGCUUCCCAAGUGGAAUUAUGAUGGAUCUAGCACAGGUCAAGCUCCUGGGGAAGACAGUGAAGUGAUCAUAUACCCUCAAGCAAUUUUUAAAGAUCCAUUCAGGAAGGGAAACAAUAUAUUGGUCAUGUGUGAUGCUUACACGCCUGCUGGUGAACCAAUUCCAACCAACAAGAGGUACAAUGCUGAGAAGAUUUUCAGCCACACUGAUGUUGUUGCUGAAGAACCUUGGUAUGGUAUUGAGCAAGAGUACACCUUGUUGCAAAAAGAUGUUAAGUGGCCUAUCGGGUGGCCAAAGGGAGGUUAUCCUGGACCUCAGGGACCAUACUACUGUGGGGCUGGUGCCGACAAAGCUUUUGGACGUGAUAUUGUUGAUUCACACUACAAGGCUUGCCUUUAUGCCGGGAUUAACAUAAGUGGAAUCAAUGGUGAGGUGAUGCCGGGCCAGUGGGAGUUUCAAGUUGGACCUGCUGUUGGCAUCUCAGCCGGGGAUGAAUUGUGGGUGGCUCGUUACAUUCUAGAGAGGAUCACUGAGAUCGCUGGGGUUGUGGUAUCUUUUGACCCCAAACCUAUCGAGGGUGAUUGGAAUGGAGCCGGUGCUCAUACAAAUUACAGCACCAAGUCUAUGAGGAAAGAUGGAGGUUAUCAGGUCAUCAAAAAGGCUAUUGAGAAGCUUGGACUGAAGCACAAAGAACAUAUUGCUGCAUAUGGAGAAGGCAACGAGCGUCGUCUCACUGGACGACACGAGACAGCUGACAUCAACACCUUCUUAUGGGGGGUUGCAAACCGUGGUGCAUCUGUUCGUGUUGGCCGAGACACUGAAAAGGCAGGGAAAGGGUAUUUUGAGGACAGGAGGCCUGCUUCGAACAUGGAUCCAUACGUGGUUACCUCCAUGAUUGCAGCUACCACCCUCCUGUGGAAACCAUGAACGUUCACUUAGUUACACUCUUUGAGAUUGUGCCCUGCUCUUUCAUAGUAGGCCAAUUCAGAGAUAUGAAAAAGAGCUGUAUUUCGGAGCCACUUUGAGUAGUUGUCGUCUUCUUAUUUUUUCAUGUACCAGGUGGUUAUUAUUUCAAGUAGUAAGGUGACCUCCUCCCAUACCU